AAGGAGUUACCGCCCUCCUGGCACAGCUCUUCCUUUCAGAUCUCCCUGUAAUGAUACUGUUUGCAGGGAUGCUCGGAGAGCAGGCACCUGCUGCUCUGUAAUGAUUCAGCCUCUUUCAGCCGUCGCUUUAACACAACAGGAUGCUGUUGCUACUGUCACUGCUGUAUCUGCUGCUGCUCCUGCUGCUCCUGCUUCUGUUGCCGUUGUUACUGCUUUUGCUUUUGCUUCUCCUGCGUGACAGUUGUUUUCUUCAUCUAAGCAGACACCAGCCUCAGAUGCUAGAGGUGAGAAACCUGCCUUUCACUCUGGGCUACUGGUUCACUUAAUUGAACAACAAUUGGCACAUAUUUUUUUCCUUUUUUCUUUUUGGGCUUGUUUUUGUUUGUUGGCUUUUUGGGUUUUUUUGCCUCCCAAUCCCUGGGAGAGGUGGGAUGACUUGAGAGAUAAUUGAAAAAGACUGGAAGAGUGGCCCAGAAACAGAAGUUAAAUAAUUGGUAAACCCAUAUUUUUCUUAGUUGCUAGAAGAGGGGGAGCUUUUUUCUAUUUUUUUCCCCUGCUUCUUCCUCUGCCUCCACCCUUCUUUCUGAUCAUGGUCUUGGACUUGAACUACUUAAUUAUUUCACCCUGUAAGAUGCUGUAUCAUUUUGUUCCGGGGGGUUCUGCAUGAUAAUGGUCCAAGAGUGAGUCCAGGCCUCUCGGAGGUGAGCCGAUGGAGAUUUAUGCCUCAGACAUGGCUGAGAUAGCAGCCGAGAGUUUCCCCUGCCCCUCCACACAGCUGAGCCCAGAUGCAUCUCUCGACGGGCUCGCGGCGACUGAAGACAUGCCGGGGACCCAGUCGGAGGAUCGGAGAGCCCAGGGGAUAGUGGGCCUCGCUGUCCCUUGCUGUGUGUGUCUAGAGGCAGAGCGGUUGAGAGGCUGCCUCAACUCGGAGAAGAUCUGCAUCGUUCCCAUCCUGGCUUGCUUAGUCAGCCUCUGCCUGUGCAUCGCCGGCCUCAAGUGGGUGUUUGUGGACAAGAUAUUUGAGUAUGACUCUCCUACUCACCUCGACCCCGGGAGGAUAGGUCAGGACCCUGUCAUUUCUAUGGAUCCCACUGCCUCAGCAGCCUGGGCCCCUUCAGAGGGACAAACCUCACCUAUCCCAGGAGCCCAUCCCGAAGCCAAGGUUCAAGUUACAGUGCCAGGGGACAGUUCCUUGGUGCCCUCUGAGCCUUCAGGCCAGCCAUCUCCGCAGAACCGUGUAUUCGCUUUUUCUUUGCUGCCCUCCCCUGCACCCUCCUUCCCUCCACCCACCCUGGAUCCUGAGGUGAGAAUGCCCACGACAGCAUCUCAGCCACAAACCACAGAAACCAAUCUCCAAACUGCUCCAAAACUUUCCACAUCUACAUCAACUACUGGGACAAGCCAUCUUGUAAAAUGUGCAGAAAAGGAGAAAACUUUCUGUGUGAAUGGAGGCGAGUGCUUCAUGGUCAAAGAUCUUUCAAACCCCUCAAGAUACUUGUGCAGGUGCCCAAAUGAGUUUACUGGUGAUCGUUGCCAAAACUACGUAAUGGCCAGCUUCUACAAGCAUCUUGGGAUUGAAUUUAUGGAAGCCGAGGAACUCUACCAGAAAAGAGUGUUGACCAUCACUGGCAUCUGCAUUGCUCUUCUUGUAGUUGGCAUCAUGUGUGUUGUGGCCUACUGCAAAACCAAGAAGCAGCGGAAAAAGCUGCACGAUCGCCUCCGGCAGAGCCUUCGUUCUGAGCGCAAUAACAUGGUGAACCUGGCGAAUGGGCCUCAUCACCCUAACCCACCUCCGGAAAAUGUCCAGCUGGUCAAUCAGUAUGUGUCCAAAAAUGUCAUCUCUAGCGAGCAUGUUAUAGAAAGAGAAACAGAGACAUCAUUUUCAACAAGCCACUAUACCUCAACAACCCACCAUUCCACCACCGUCACCCAGACACCCAGCCACAGCUGGAGCAACGGGCAUACAGAAAGCAUCAUCUCGGAAAGUCACUCGGUGCUCAUGACAUCUUCAGUAGAGAACAGCAGGCACACCAGCCCAACGGGGGGUCCCAGAGGACGGCUUAAUGGCAUAGGAGGCCCUCGAGAAUGCAACAGUUUCCUCAGGCACGCCAGAGAGACCCCUGACUCUUAUCGAGACUCUCCUCACAGUGAAAGGUAUGUGUCAGCUAUGACUACCCCAGCUCGCAUGUCACCUGUAGACUUCCACACUCCCAGCUCCCCAAAGUCACCCCCGUCAGAAAUGUCUCCACCCAUGUCAAGCUUAACAGUGUCCGUGCCCUCAGUGGCAGUCAGCCCCUUUAUCGAAGAAGAGAGGCCUCUCCUGCUGGUCACCCCACCUCGAUUACGGGAGAAGUAUGACCACCACCCCCAGCAGUUCAACUCCUUCCACCACAACGCCGCCCACGAGAGCAACAGCCUCCCCGCCAGCCCCUUGAGGAUAGUGGAGGACGAGGAAUAUGAGACCACGCAGGAGUACGAGCCCGCUCAGGAACCCGCAAAGAAACUCGUCAAUAGCCGACGGGCAAAAAGAACAAAGCCCAAUGGUCUCAUUUCCAACAGGGUGGAAAUGGACAGCGACACAGGCUCUGAGAGCAGUAGUUCUGAGAGUGAGACAGAAGAUGAGAGAAUAGGCGAAGACACCCCUUUCCUGAGCCUACAGAACCCCAUGGCCACCAGCCUGGAGCCGGGCCCCGCCUUCCGCCUGGCUGAAAACAGGACUAACCCACCGAGCCGCUUCUCCACACAGGAAGAAUUGCAAGCCAGGUUGUCCAGUGUAAUAGCUAAUCAAGACCCUAUCGCUGUAUAAAACUUAAAUAAAACACAUAGAUUCACGUGUAAAACUUUAUUUUAUAUAAUGAAGUAUUCCACCUUAAAUUAAACAAUUUAUUUUAUUUUAGCAGUUCUGCAAAUAGAAAACAGGAAAAAAAAACUUUUAUAAAUUAAAUAUAUGUAUGUAAAAAUGUGUUAUGUGCCAUAUGUAGCAAUUUUUUACAGUAUUUCAAAACAAGAACAAUAUCAAUGGUGCCUUUAUGUUAUGUUAUGUUGAGAGCAAGUUUUGUACAGUUACAGUGAUUGCUGUUCCACAGUAUUUUCUGCAGAUCCUCCCACAUUCAGUUUUCCUGGCUUCUUGUGCAUUGCAUUAUGGUGUUGACUGGAUGUAGGAUGUGCAAGACGUGCAACAGUCCUUAUGUUUCCUUGUAGUCAAGCACUUAGUGCAGUGCUCUGCACACAGUAAGCGCUCAAUACCAUUGAUUGAUUGUAGUAGACUCUCUGAUCAGUCUGCCCUGCAAUGGCACACCCAUCCCAAUACCGUUCUCUCCCGUAAGGAUUUUUAUUUGCUUUCAGUAUAAGAAAUGAGUUUAUGUCUACUCUCUGCCAGCCAAAGGUUUGCUUCAAUGGGCACUGAAAUAAUAGUAGAACCAACAGCAUGCUACUAUUAAUUACUGCAGGAAAACUGCAUUAGGUAAUGUUAAAUAUUAGGAAGAAAGUAAUACUGUGAUUAAAAAAAACUAUUAUUAAUCAGAAGACAGCUUGCUUACUAGGAGAUAUUAUUUCAUAUUCCUUUCUGGAGAGGAAUUUGUCCUAACCAUCCCUGAGAAAGUGUUUCUGGUCAGCAGUUAUGAUGACCCCACUGCAACCCAAGAGUACUUACUGAAUGUCACUUCCUCUCAGUUCCAAGGAAGAGGGAGAGGUUAGGGAGGGUUCAGUCAUCUGAAAGUCCAUCCAAAAGAGAAAGAUUACAGUGAUCCGGGAACUGCCUUUUAAUGUUGAUUUUGAAGUAGGGGAUUGGUGUUUCCUCAACUUGAGAAGAGGGAAGGUCAAGCAAAGGAAUAAAGGGGUGCUGUCAGAUCGGUAGGUGCCGUUGGUUCAAAGUAGCGGGCUGUGGCAUAUUAGAGAGGGGAUGUAGAGAAGAUCUAAAUGGAAAGUUAAUGAAUGGCAAAACAAUGUCUGUUGAAAAAAAAAAUCUCAUUUUUUUUCCUCAACGGCACAUUAAUCAGGUCCAUAAUUACCCAUGGGAUAUUUUGUUAUGAAUGCACAAGUGAUCUCUGAUUGUGAGAACUGGUUUAUUAGCUGGAUAUAUAGUGUUGGAUAUAUAGCACCUCCUUGACCACUGAGCCCUGGAAUGGCAUGGCAAACUGCCACUUACCUCCCUCUCUUUCUUUGUCCUUUUUCUCUUGGCUCUCUGGGCACAAGGUAGAUUCAGGAUUUAGUGCAUUCUCAUAAGUCUAAACCAUGAAGCACUGUAGGUAUGAACACGCUGAAUUUUCUCCAUAUCUGGAAAACAAGAUGAAGCAAAAGUGGUCACUCAGGGCUCACGUCUCUCUCAUUCUACUCUUCCCCUCCCCCCACACCCCCACAC